GCCGGCCCGAUCCGGUAGGCCAUCUAAUUAGGGACACGCAGCACCAAGCAGCACCUCUCACAUCUGCACACUCUUCUUUGCCUUUAGCCUUUUGCUAGUGCGGGACCAACAUCUUCCUUAAAUCAAUCAAGUAUAUCGCGGACGUCUGAUCAUAUUCGUGAUGGUGCAAAAGAGUGUUGGAUGAUAUUUGCUGGAGUGUGCUGUGGUGCUUGGUGUCUAGAUAUUUAGGUGGUAUUGCUUACCUCUACUUACUACUAAUAGUGAUUUUGUAUGUGAUGUUUAUUGAUCGAUUGGAAUUAGUGUAGUGAUGAGGACACUCUCUAAGAUCCGGAAGUUUUCUUAUUUAAAAUGAUGGUUGGCAUAAAAGAGAUGUGCGGCGAAGACAUAAAACGUCACCAUGGUGAGCUAAAAGUCCUCGACCAGCCGCGCUUGAGUGGCCUAUGCGACGGCAACCUGUCGGGCAUGGGCGGCUCGUUGAGCAGCAGCUCAAACGAUGGCGACAAACCUUCGAAGCAAAAGAGACACAGGACGAGGUUCACACCGGCUCAACUGAAUGAGCUGGAAAGGUGUUUUUCUAAAACACACUAUCCGGAUAUUUUCAUGAGGGAAGAGAUUGCCAUGAGGAUCGGGUUGACUGAAAGCAGAGUGCAGGUUUGGUUUCAAAACAGGCGCGCUAAAUGGAAGAAAAGGAAGAAGACCACCAACGUUUUCAGAACACCCGGUGCUUUGCUACCAUCGCAUGGUCUUCCUCCUUUUGGUGCAAUGGGUGAUGGUAUAUGUGGGUCGUCCAUGUUUAGUACUACUGAAACAAGAUGGGGAGUCGCUGGAAUGGCUACAGAUUUUAUUUCAGGGUUGGGACAACUGGGACAAGGUUCAAUGGGCGGUUUCGGUCAGUCUCUGGGACAACUUAAUCAAGGAUCAGGGCUUAGUCCGGCCCUGCCCAUCAGUACGGCAGCAGCUAGUACGGUCUACCAAGCACAUUAUGGACUUAAUUCACUGGGUGAUAGCAUGAUGACGUACUGCCAGUCAGGCGGCGGCGGCGGCGGUAACGGCGGCAGCGGCAGCAACGCGGCCAGCCCGCCCCCGCAGUUGGGGUGCGGGGGUAGCGCGGCGGCAACCCCGCCAGUGGCGGCGGGUGCGUCGCCCAAUCAGCAGGGUGGUGGUGGCGGCGAAGAGGAGGACGUGUGGCGCGGGCACAGCAUAGCGGCGCUGAGGCGGCGCGCCUCUGAGCUCAACGCCGCCAUACCGUCGUAUCUGCAGAUCAACUACGAUUCGCACAAUAACGCAUCCGUAUACUGAAUAUGUUACUACAUAUAGUGAGGAGUACAUAUUUGGUUUUAUUUUUUAUUUUCGGGUUGUUUUUGCUAUUAUUUUUAGUAAGGAAAAUAUUAUUAACUUUUUUAUAUAGCCAAAAGUAAAAGCUACUUAUUAAAAAACCUUUAUAAAUUGCAUUUGUACCAGUCUAACAUAAAACAAAUCCAUAAAUAAUUGACGGAUAUUCGAAAUGACGCUCUAAUUUUGUUGUGUUUUCCACUAUUGUAAAUUUGGUAAUACUGUUAAAAGGUUUAAACACUUUUCUGCUUCAGUUUAAAUAUUCACCAAAAGCCCGGGGAUUGAUGAAUUAUUUUUACUUUUUAUUGAUUAAAAAUGUCCAUUUUAACUCGAUCUGGACUGGACGCACUUUACGUUUUAACUAACAUGUUCAAAUUUAUUCAAUUUUUUAGCUAAAUUGUGUUACCAAAAUAUAGCUUUUUCAUUAUGUAUUUAGUAUACAGGAUGGACUACCUUGAUGAUUAAAGUAUAAAAGUUAUUUUAAUAUUUAAUAUAAUACGGCCGAUAUCUUAAUUAGACCUGCAAAUGUUUAACAAAAAUUAACCCACAGAGACCUGAAACUAAAAACAUACUAAAAACUGUUAGGUGGUCCACCUUGUACAAAGUAUACGAGAAUCCCAAAAACAAUAAAUUGAGAAGGUAUUUUAGUCAAAAUAAUACAAAAAAACAGUAUACUAAAAAUACUGACAAACAAAAAAGUUAGACAAAAAUAUAGUUCACCGACAAUUUUUUUGUAUGUCAGUGUAUAUCUAAUCCCAAAAAUUAUUAAAAUAUUUAUUAUUAUAAAGAUACCUAUGUAAAAUAUUUUAUCAAAGAAACAUUAUUUUUAUUUAUUUCUACUAAUUUUACUUCUUAACUUAACCAAAUCGAAAGGUAAUAUACAGAGUGACUCAAAAUAAGGAGGCUUCCAUAAAUCACGUCACGCUAAAAAUGGUCAAAAUCCCUCGUGACAGAGUGUGACCAUAUGAAGAUCCCCCCGAACGGUUAUGUGACGAUAAUUAGAAUUAUCGAAAAAUAUGUUUUUCGAUUAUUUUUUUGUAGUAAUCUGAUUAAAACAACAAAUAGGCAAUUUCAGUCGGAGUAUUUUGUCACGUAACGAUUUAAUAAACCUCCCCUUCAGCGUCAAGAGAUUUAUGGACGUCCCCUUAGUCGGAAUUUAAUCUGCAGCAAAACAAAACAUGAAAAUGUUAUAAAAUUAUGUGAAAAGUCCUAUAUUUAAUUUUGUAUUACCCUGUAAAAAACAGACAAUUUCUAAUCAUAUAAACUAAAUUUCAUUUGAUUUUUUAAUAACCCUGUAUACUUAUUAGUGCGUAUACGAUGUAAAAAAAUAAUUGUACAAAGAAAUCUCGUCUGUUGAAUGGAUUAAUAUAUGGUAAUAUAGUGUAAGAUGUUAAAACAAAACAUUUUUUGUCAUUUAUUGUUGCAAUGUAAGAAAAAAUCAUUAAACCUUUACAUACAGAGUGUUUUCUAAGAGCGUGAAAAAAAUGUUAAAGCGUAGGUAUUCUGCUAUUAAAAAUACAAAAUUAAUUUAGAAGAACCCGUACAUGGUUACUAAAAUAAGGUUAGUUACAUUUUUAUGUCCAAAAAAUUAAGUAUUUUUAUUUAAAAUUUUUAGAUACCUAUCUACUAUAGUAGAAUACGCUCUGGUUUGUUACACGCACUAACGAAAAACACUGUAUACAAACCUGUAUACUUUUAGAACCCAAUGAGAAAAUGUCAUUGGUUGAUACACAAAUCGCAUAACCUUGACAUUUUGACAUUUUUAGGUUAAAAAGUCAAACCUUGUAUGUCCUUGUAAAUACCCUUUUUUCUUACAUUGUCGUAUUAGAGUACCUCUUAGAUAAUAAAAAAUUGUCACUAAAGUAUACAAACAAUGUAUACGUUUGCAACAAAAUAAUUAGUGUCCGACCGAAACACGAUUUUUAUCCGAAACCGAAACUGUAGGUAACCGAAUAUUCGGCUUCUUUUCCAGUUUCGGCCGAAACCGAAACCGAAACUUAUCUAGUUUAUUUAGUUACAUUUUUAUUAUAUCCUGAAAUCUUGUAUUUUUCCUUGCUCUGUAGAUUAAAUAAGACAAUUCAUUGGGAAAAUACUUACAGAUAUUUAAAUAUUUAAAUUUAAAACCAAGGCGCCAACUUUCGAAUGAAAUAUCGACCUAAAGCGCCAACAAAAUUCAAAAUAGGUCAAGCUAAAAUCAGCUUUUUCUGACCCCCUCCCCCCCAUUGUCACGCUGUGUCACGUUUCCUGUGACCCCCCUAGAAAUAUUUUGUCAAAAAAACUAAGCCCCCCCUGAAUAUGGUAAAUUUCAAUUUAUAGUACACAAAUUUUGAGAACUUAAGUAUUUAUAUAGUUUUUAUAAUAAAAUUUAAAUAAAUAUCUUUUAUAACGAAUAAAUAAAUAAUAUUUUUAUUAGUCAGAAGUCCAAGGAUUCUGUAAAUGCGCCGAAAUAUCUAUAAUUGGUAUUGCAGCAUCUUCUUCUUCUUCUUCAUUUAUUUCAAAACUACCCUCCACUUUCAUUCUGCAUUUUCCGUGCCAUCUUUUUCAUGUCGAAAAAUAAACAAAAAUAAAUAUAUAUACAAUUUAUUGUAAUAAAAUUGUAUACGUACUAAAUAUUAAAUACGAAAUAAAUGACUCUCUAUCAUGAUGAAAAUUUAAAAAUAAAAAUAAUCAACGUCACGUUGCCAUACACCCCCCGUCCCCCCUUGUCACACUUUGUCACACUCAGCAAGAGCCCUCCCCCCUUGUGUGAGAACGUAUUUUAUGAACGGCCCCCAACGUUAGAAUGGUAAAAUUAAAAUAAAUUUCUUAUAACGGGUAAUAUGCAAAAUGCAUUAAAAACACCAUUUUAAUAUUUUUAUAGAUAUUCACAUUUUUCUUGAUAUUAUUUAUUCUAGGAAUUGCAAAAAGAUCUUUUGCUAGAGCUAAAAGAUCAAUUUAUUUUUUUAGAAAUAACCCAAAUUGCGGUGUGAGCUUUUUAUAAAAAAACUAGAAGCAAAUUAUUUCUUAAAAUCACCCAAUUAGCGCCCAGUUCAAUCUGGCAGCACUGUGCCCGACACGCAGUUUCGUCGUUUUUGGCCGAAACCGAAAUUUCGGUCGGUCACCAAAAAUAAUGUAUAAUUAUAUUUAUUUUUUGUAUUCUGUUUUCUAGAUGUUUUGUUUUAUUGAAAAAAAUCAGUGAUAGAAGUGUACGAUCUUUUUAAUUUAAAUGAUUUCCUAUGUGUAUAUUGGG